AUGCUCCUUUCGGCCGCACGCUCAGUGGUCAGUUUAUUGACAUUCACUCGUUUUUUUAUUCAUUCAAUCAGUCCACAAAAAAUUUGGGCUUUUUUCCGAUGAUUGGACUUGAAUUAUGAGGUUUAAUAGAGGGAAUUUUCAGAGCUUUUGUUCUCUAUUCCAGUUCUAGUUCUUGUCUUUUUGUAAGUUCAUAUUUUUUAUCGGUAGAUGAACUUAUUGGGUUUAAUUAUAGGGAAAUCCAGUUAGCGAAUGAACUCGAAUACUUCUCAGCACACUCGGGAAGUCCUAAAAACGAGUGUUUUUGAGCUUUUACUGGCAAGAUUUCUUGUUUUUCGAGUUAAAGACACUUUACACAUACAUUUUUUGAUAGUGUUUUCACUAUGGUUCUUGACAAAAAAAAAUUUCAUAUAAAAAUUUCUUUAGUGCAUCAUUGAUUAAAAAUUUACAAAUCUAUUCAGUCUUCGGAGAAGAUCCUCUGAUAUAAUGAACUGAUUAAAAAUUCAUAUUUUUGAGGAUUUUCGUUCGCUGCGAACUAACAGUUUUCAUUCUAAAUUCUCACAAAAUAACAAACUCCCGUACUGAAAAAGACCAACGUCCCAAACUAUAACAGACUACGUUUGACCGGCUACGAACGCGCACUACGUUAUAGCGUCAUAGGAAAGCAUUGAUAAAACGAGUUUGCUUUGUAGUGCGGCAUCAGAAUCUCAUCCAUAGUUUAUUUUUCAAAACUCUCUAUUUGAAAAUUUCAGAGCGUGAUGAGAAAAAGCGUAGUUUCGAGCGGAAGUCAAGUUCUGCUUCGAACGGCCCAAAGGGACGCAUCUGGUAGGUUUUCUCGCGUCUGUUUGUUUUGGUUUCAAAGAUUCUCGGCACUGGAUCAGUCGCUUACUUAUUUAUUUUUUAUUUUUUUUCAUUUCUCUCUCAAUUUUCCCCAUUUUUUUUUCUUAGACAAGUCGCAAACAACUCUGCCUCGACUUCCCGUGCCUCAGCCGGCCAAAACUUUGAAGCAUUUUCUCGAGUUUGCCAAUGCAAUCGAAUCCCCUAAAGAGUUCGAAGAGACGAAAAAGGUAUCCCUUCUGCCUUGAAAUGCAUUGGCAUCGAGACUCGUUGCAGGUCGUGGCUGAAUUCGCCGGAAAUGAAUUGCCCAAGUUGCAGCAGUUGCUCGAGCAACGAGCGAAGGAGCAUCAGAAUUGGGUAUGACGGUAGUUCCUGCCGAGACUUUUUUCCAAGCUUCACAUAUGAACUUUUUUUCAUUGCUGGCUUCAUUUUUUGAUUAAAAAUAGUGGUGAUGAGUAGAUAGCGAUGUUUUCCCAGUCUCGAAUGGAGUUUUAUUUUCGAAAUUUGAACCAUCGAACCAUUAUAAAGCUUGAAAAAUCAACAAAAUAUGGUUUAUGGCUAUUAUGGACGUCUGCAGGCGAAAGUCGAUUGUGGUCGGAAACGCUUUGCAACAUUAAAUAUUCAAAAAAACAAGAUCGUGUGCAAAAAUUCCCAUAAAGUUUCUAUAAAUCGACGUCAAAAGUUACGAAGUACUCUGAUUAAAUUAUCAAUGAUAUACAGAAAGUUGAUAAGGUGUUAAUGGUGUAAGUACGAUUUAAUCCUGCAGCUGACGCCAUGGUGGCUGAACGUGGCUUAUUUGAUGGCUCGGACGCCUCUUCCCGUGGUCACGUCUCCGGGCGUCAUGUUCCCUAAAUUCGACUUUGAUGGGCUUGAUGGACAAUUGGAACACGCUGCCAAAAUCACCCAGGCAGCUGUUAAUUUUUAUCUCCUUGCUUCAAGGUUUCAGUCUAUUAAAGUAUUUUUUUGAUAUCAGAAGAGAAAAACUGAACUAAAAAUCAAGAAAUAUAUUUUUAUCACUGAACUUUUUUUCAUUAUCAAGUUCACUCAGGUCAAAAAAAUAAUUUAAAAACUUCACGGUGGCUUUCCAAAUUUGAUAUCACUCUAAAAUGAUUCUGAAACAGAAAUCAGGACUUAUCUUAUAUUUUUCAUGCCUUUCUGGUAUUCAUAGUUUUGAGAAGAAUUUACAAAAAAAUAUGGCGAAAACUCUUUUCAUAGGGGUUAUGAAUAAAAAAAAAACAAACAAGCCAAACUUUUUCAGUUGAGGUGAAUAAAAUAGCAAAAAAGUCAGUUGUAAUCUACCCCUUUUUCAGUGGUAAUCUACCUCCGGACAUGGCCGGCAACGUCCCAUUCGAUAUGAGCCAGUACAACUAUCUUUUUGGCACCACGAGGAUACCAAGGAAAUCGGCUGAUAUCAUAAAAUACGGAUGUGAUUACGGUCAUACCUUACAGCACAUCGUUGUCAUGCGACAUGGACAUGUAAGAAUAAGUUCUCUCCAAAGAAAAUAUUGAAAUUCAAGGUUUUCCGAGUGAAAGUUCUUGACGACCAAAAACAGCCUUUGUCCGUUUCCGACAUUCGCAAACAGCUGGAACAAGUUUGAAAUGCGCGAUUGUUAAAUUUUUCACUUCAAUUCGCUAUUCCAGGUUGUCUCUCAGAGUGAGAAAGAACAAUCCGAUCCGGUUGGUAUCAUUUCUUCAGAUAACCGAGAUAAAUGGGCGACAUCCUAUGAAAUUUUGAAAGGUUUUUUUUUAAAGGGAUUCCCUACCAAUAGUCAUGGUUUACAGAGAAUGAUAGUAAUAAAAAAAAUUUGGAGAAGAUUGAAUCUGCGCUUUUUGCACUUUGCUUGGACAAACCUUCAGAACCUCUGCCAGGAUAUACUGAAAGAGACGAACAGAGCAGACAGGUCUGUUGCUUCGAAAUUCCGAAGAAAGUUUAUGAAAAUUAUUUAGUCGCUUCACGGAGGCGGCAGUAAGAGCAACUCAACCAAUCGAUGGUUCGAUAAAACCAUUCAGGUUUUUCAGAAUCCGAAAGAAAAAAUUCAUAGAGGUUUUUCAGUUUGUGAUAGGAUCUAAUGGAUAUUGUGGAAUGACGUAUGAACACACUCCUGCGGAGGGGCCUCCAGUUGCUACUAUGAUGGAUUUUAUCUGCGAUAAAUUGUGAGCUUUCUAGAAAACUUUUUGGGAUUUCACAAUCAAAUCUGUUCUCGAGGAAUCUAUUUGAAGUCUCUUAACUAGUAAGGUGGUCACUUUAAAUGCUUCAAAUGGUUCUCUGAAAAAAAGUUUGUAAGCAGCUUUCAAAACCUCAAGAAAAGUUGCGAAGUUUGCAAAAACUAGAAAAUGUCAUUCAUGCAUUAUAAGACUUCCAGAAUCUCAACCCAAAAAAUUUUUGAGGUUUUCAACUGAGUUCCGAAAAAUUCCCACGCAUCAAGAGGAAAACCUUUUUCAAGCUACUCGAAGACUUUCGUAGAAUCCAUCUUCAAACGAAAAAUGCUCAAGCGCUUUUUCAGGCCUUUCACAACUUUUGUCGAUUUUGAAAAAAGACAAAUUCAAGAUGUUUUUCAGCGAUCAAGCGGCCUUCACUGACUCAGGAUCUGCCGGUUCUCUAGAUGUUGAACGGCUGGACUUCAACCUCGAUGAAAAUGUCAAAACUCAAAUCAAAAAGAGCUCGAAGAAAAUGGACUAGUAAGUGCACUACCUGUUUUUUUUAGAGCCAUUAUUAUUUUUAGUGUUGCCCAAGAUCUCGAUGUCGUCGCCUACACGUUCAAGGUUUAUGGAAAAAACCUCCCAAAAACGGCAAAAGUGUCUCCCGACUCAUUCAUCCAGUUGGCUUUCCAACUGGCUUUCUACAGGAUACAUUCUUCAUGUUUGUUCCUUUCCUAAUUCACCAUGAACAAAAAACUUUAGUCCCACCAACUUAUGAAACAGCGACUCUAAGGAAAUUCGUGGAUGGAAGAACGGAAAACAUUCGAUCUCCAAAUCUUGCUGCAGUUUCCUUCGUGAAAAAGGUAUUCCGAAUAAUAUUGCUCAAAAUGAAUUAAAACUUUUCAGAUGACUUCGACGCCGCCAGCGCCGAUUCAAGACACUUUCGAAGCACUCCAACAUGCCGCAAAUGCUCACAAAAAAUAUACGGUUUAAAGAUAAAUUCCUGCUUUUGUCGAUUUUUAGAUCUUUCAAUAAGAUUUCCAGGUUGAUUGCAUGAACGCUGCUGGUAUGGAUCGACACCUUCUGGCCUGGAAGUUGUUGGCUUCGGAAAAUAACCUGCCAACUCCUCUGUUGUACGGAACGCAUGCGUAUCAACAGUUGAUGCAUUUUCAAGUUUCCACUAGUCAGGUAAAAAAAUCUUGUAUAAUUUUGAGAAGCAAUUAUAUAGUGUGGAAAAAUUUUUUUUAAACUUGAUGAUCAAAAAAAUUUUUAUAUCUUUUUCUCUUAUCAUUACUUACUUGAUUUCAGGUCCCGACGCGCCACUUCAUUCAGAUGUGCUUUGGACCUUCAGCCCCUGAUUGUUAUGGUGAUAUUUCAUUUCAUUUCCAUUCAUGACAAAAAUUUUGAUUUUUCAGGCGUUUGCUACAAUCCGCAAGAAAAAGAACUGCACUUCUGCAUCUCGACUUUCAAAAGUUACGGGUCGACAAGUUCGAAGAAGUGGGUACUUUAGGGCCAACUUUUCUUUGUUUAGAAACGUUCACUAGCCGAGAAAUAUUUUUUUUUUGGUUGAGACAUGGGAAUUUGCCUCUUCAACUUUUCAUAUAACUUUAUAUAUAAAAAUCAAAAAAAGAAUUUUUUUAAUUAACUCUGCCGUUUCAGAUUCGCCAAAGAGCUCGAGAGAGCGUUGAUGGAUAUGCGAUCUGUGGUGAACAAGGCGACAAAGGAGCGCUCGAAAUUGUAA